AUGGGUAAAGAGAGAUUGAUGAAGGAGCCAGGGGAAACGUUACUGAACGUAAAGGAAAGGUGUGUAUCGAUACGUGUCUCGCAUUGGCACAAUAACACAAAUAAGUGUCUCCAUACAUUGAUCUCCACCGCCGGUGGAGAGGAUUCGUAUCACGAAAUCACGCUGCAUGCCCUCGAGGAAGCUGAAAAUGAGGACGGAGAUAAGAUCGAGAUGGCCGGAGUUGUCAGAGUGAAUGGUAGAAGACUUCCGCAAUCAGGAUAUUGUCGGUCCGCCGAAGCCAUGGAAUGUCUGCUCAACAUUUUAGCUUAUGGAUGA